AUGCAAAUCCCUCCACCUCAAGUUCUGUCAACCUUUCCAGAACCGAACUAUGUCGACCCAGUGACUAGAGGACCCUUACUUCUCAUAAUAACCGCCGUUUUUCUUCCUAUUGUAUAUAUUGUGGUUGGUUUACGAACCUUUACACGGAUCUAUCUAUCCAAACAUUUCGGUAUUGAUGAUGUAUUUCUUCUAAUCGCUCUCGUCCCGACUACAGUCUGCGCUGUCAUUGCACUUAUCGCCCAGGAACGUUGGAAAUGGAAUCGCCAUAUUUGGGAUGUUGCACAAGAUGAUACCGAGUUUGGACUCAAAAUAUCUUUACUGCUAGAGUGUUUGUUCGGAAUUGCUGUUGCAUUAACGAAAAUAUCUUUGCUCAUCUUGGUGAUGCGGGUCAUGUCCAGGGGAACUGGUUUACUUAAAUAUUUAGCUAUUGCUAUGAUUGUGUUGGUGGCAUGUGAAGCAGUUGCUUUUGAUGUGGUUAUUAUCAACAAUUGCAGUCCCAUUUCGGAUUACUGGAAAUUAUCUUACUCGCCUCAAAAUUGCAUCGAUGAACAAACACAUUUACUUUCAAGCGCAAUCAUUAAUACUUGCUCCGAUUUCUUUGUCUUCUUCUUACCUAUACCUACCGUGUUUAGCCUUCCCAUACCCUUUCGUCAACAACUGAUGCUUUUCCUCCUCUUCGCUGCUGGAUUGGUCGUCUGUGCUUCGGGUGUUGUUAGGAUAUGGUAUAUACACGUUACAUACUCAUCAUAUGAUAGAACUUGGUUCUCAUAUCCAUUAUGGAUAUCUAGUGUAUUGAAUUUAUACAUAGGGAUAAUAUGCACCGCACUCCCAGCUACGAAGCCAUUCUUCUCCACAUUUCUUCCGUCUCUAUUCGGGCAUAGCAAUCAACCUUCGGACGCAAGUCUAUACAAAUCAUCGGCCCACAACCCUUCCAAGGUCAGAAUGUAUCCAUCUCAAAACGAGCUCAAACGACCUGAAGAAUCUUUCAACAUUGGCGACAUGUCAGAUCCAAUGGCUGAAGAAACGGAGAUUCCUGAUUAUAUGAGGAAAUCCAGACAAAUGCUUCCGCUAUCAUAUCUGAGUUCUCAAUCAUCAAAUCGGCGAUCAUCACUACAAAGAUCAUCAAAUCCAUCAUCAUACCAUCAUCAGUCUUAUCAAACUUAUGAUACUCGAGAUAUGGAAUUUGACGAAGCAAGCCUGAGUAUUGGCUCAUACUUAAAAUGCGGAUCCGCUCGUUUAACCCAGCAAUCGGAUAGAACAUAUCGAAGUGACCGCUCAAGUUCAAGUACUUUUGUCACCGAAGAACCUGGAUCGCCACAAUCAUCACGAUUCAGCAGCAGUUUGAUGGAGGUCCCAUAUACUUACAAUCAAUUUGGCAGAGCACACGAAUUACGUCCAUCUGAGAGUCAAGACGUCUUGAUACAUGCAAGAUAA